AUGGAUUCUGGUGCCUCGGAGCUGGAAACUGAAGAUGUGGAGGAGGGUGGGAAUGACGCGGAGAUGAAAACCGAAGACACAGAGGAUGAAAAUCUGGCCGCAAUCAAUCCAGAAUUUCAGCCAGUUGUUGCGUCUCCUUGCGACCUUCUCACCAGGCGCGCUGGGAACCCCAAUCCCAAUCCUGCAAAUCCCACUGCGCCAUGGAGUUAUUAUGUCAAGGCAAGAACUGAAACGCCAGACUUGGACUCCUCAGAUGAGGAGAGCGUGUAA